GGGUACAGCAUCGGAUAGUUUCAUAAGGUUGCCGGAAGAAUCACACAGAAUAAUGCAUCUUGCUCGCUAUCAAAAUCCAGAAUGAAAAUUGUACUAUAGCGUUUUGCUUUCGCAGGUGCGUUGGCAUGAUGCAGCGGUUUACAUAUAUCGCCACGUGCCGUGAGCUCGGCGGGUUGGCAAAGCACUCAUACGUAUCAUCGCUGACCUGCCCUUGGAAUAGGACCUAUUCCAUAAUGCCACAACAGCCCCUAUGCCGUUCAUUGACGUCUAUCUAUACGUGCACCGCGGGUCCGCUUGGAGAACCGACCACACUAUGCAGCUUGCAUAACUUGCGGCGACAAAGUGGGGUUUUCGCCCAUCAGAAAUACAGACACUACUGCACAGAGAGCGAGAAUGAACGGAAGCGCACUGGCGGCCAUGGUCAUCAUGGCAUCACAGUGGUUGGCAUCCCUGACCCACUCACGUGGAUCCGGAAUAAAGUCCACAUCUACCUGAUAGAACUCUAUUUUCAAUUGGGCGUUAACAGUGUGGAAUUUGACAAUGGAGACAAGCAGGUAUGGUUUCUCAGGUGUUAUAUUUAGGCUUCCCUUGUGUACAUCAUUACAUCACUUAAUGUAUAAGGGUUAUGUCGGCUUUAUGAUAAGGUCAUAACUCACUGUAUUCAUCAUACAUGUUUGGGAUACUAGAAACUACACAUUGGCAAAUGUGAACUAGACACUUGACUGACCUGGUCUUUGGAAUAGGCAGUGGUUCAUGUCUCCACCAUGAUGUCCAAUGGCAACUUUGAGGAGCUGAGAGGGGUGGUAUCAACUGAGGUAGCCUACUUACCAUUUCCAAAGUUAAGACAAAGUGUGGUGACCUGUUUUAGAUUCCUUGAUCAGUUUUCUGAAGAAUCAAUGGCCCAUGUUAUAGCCACGUCCCAUAAGCUGUGUCUUAUCUGGUUUCAUUUCAGAUGGUGGUCUAUGUGCAACAGAGGUGCAAGUCUCUCUCAGAAACCCAAAGAAGACAUCUAGCUAUCUCAUUGGACGAUAUUAUAUUUAUUCUGCCAGAGGAAGUGUCCAUAGUUUUUGAUACAAAUGGUAUUGCUGUGUGUGUGUGUAUGUGGUGUGCGCGCGCGUGCGAAUGUGAUGCAUAAAUGUGUCCUACUUCACUGUUUCUGUAUAUUUUUAUUUUGUUAACUCUCUGUUUUGCUACUUCCUCUGUUAUUCUCAGGUAGGAAGUUUUGCUUAAUUGUGAUGAGGUUCUGGCAUAUGUCCACUGCUGAUGUUCCUGAGGACCCGGAGAGCACCAAGAUCUUCAAGAUGGCCGCCACUGAAGAAGACGGCCCACAGAAGAAGAUAGUGACAGCUGUCUAUGAGUAAGCAUUGCAUCAAGUCCAAGACUAAUCAAUAUUCAUUUCAUGCAUCCAAAUGUUUGGAUUAUAAUUAUUAAGUCUCCCUCCAUUUUACUUAAAUAUGUUUAAAUAUGAAUUAAAUACUUAAUCGUGCUGUGUCUCUACCAAUUCUUAAUCUCUUAAUGGAUCUCGAUGGACAAGCCAAGAGGUUUGAUGUGCGAGAGUUUGUCAAUGUUUUCUUUGCUUUCUCCAUGUAAGUUGAACCCACAAUAAGAAAUGCAAACAUUUAACCAGAGACUUAAUUUUCUGCAUCUCAUAGAGAAAGUAUGGAAACAUACAAACCUCUACGUGAGGUAGUUAGUUAUAUUGUGUAUAAAGACAGCACAUUGUAGUUGCUCUCGCUGCUUUCAUAUGUUUUGUAUUACGUUUCUUAUGGUAUUGUAGUGUGUUAUGACAGCUAUGUUGACAGUGUAAUAACUGUGUUAUAACAUUUCCUAAGUGCUAUAGAAAUUACAGCUAUGGAUAACAUUUUAUAUUUACGUCAUUUAGCAGACGCUCUUAUCCAGAGCGACUUACAUUAGUGAGUGCAUACAUUUUCAUAUUUGUUCUUACUGGUCCCCCGUGGGAAUCGAACCCACAACCCUGGCAUUGCAAGUGCCAUGCUCUACCAACUGAGCCACACGGGACCAAUUGAAGAGAAAGCGUAAGUGAUUUGGUCUGAAUCACUUACGCGAUUUGCUCCAGGCACAAUGACAGGAAUUAAAUCCACUUCCGAUCCAUGGAGCAGGAUCAAGCUUCUUCUCCCAUUCCUGAUCAGAAAUCCCGUUAGGAAUUGGACCACACGGUUUGGUUGUCAUACCUAAUACCCACCUAUCUAGUUGGCCAGAAUCUCACUCUCAUUGUUUCAGGUCUUAAACUCUUUUCUAAAAGCCUGUCAUACUUCAUAUGUUUUCCCUUUCAUUGCAGAUAUACAGUUUGGCAGGAUAAGAGAGCUCUGUUAAGAGGCUUCACCUUAUUUUCAAGGUGAUCCUGGGAAGAUUAGUUUGGUUUUUUUGUCAGCGUUGGUUUAAAUGGUCUUCCCUCGGCCGUUUGGAAACAACUUUUCUCAUCUUCAAAAGUAUACUCCAUAAAAUAUAUUUUUCAUCACACUUUCUCUCUCUCUCUCUCUCUCUCUCUCUAAUUCACUCUACUUCUCUUGUCGCUUUGCAAAGGUGCUAAAACACCAGAGAAAAAUCUAAAGCAAUUCCUAUUAGACCUAAUUCUAAUAUGUUUCUCCCCCUCUCCUCUCUCUCUCUCUCUCUCUCACUCCCUCCCUCCCUCUAUCUCUCCUCUCAGAUUCCACCGGGAGCUGACCAGGGGAGCUGAACCUGAUUGGACAGUCACUAACAUCUGGCACUGGCACUGGAAACAGAUAGGGUGAUUGGACAAGACCCAGGAACACCUAUGUUACCAGGAUACAGCAUCAGACCAAGCAUACACAGCACAGUUUACCUAAUUCAGUUCUGACAACAUUCAACUCAACAAAACGUUAUUAACCGACAGGACUUCAAUCAGCAGGACCAUUGUACUCAACUGAGCGCACCCAAACCCAAAGUCAACAGAAGAGUCACCUUGAGACCUAGCUGCUUUUUAGGGUGGACCGGAUGGAACCAGAUCCCUACACACUUAAAUGCAGACUUAUUAUUGCUCCUUAAGUUGUCCAAUCUCAGGUUUGUUGGGAACAAUAUACUUUCUAUGAACCUCCUCAGCAUGAACAAUGAGAGCCUACAAUAUCCUCUUCUGUUAUAGUUUAUCCCAGAACAAAAUAAACUGCUUCAUGGUGAUACUGUAUGAGAACUUUGUCUCUUUGAAACAGCAUCAUCACAGGUUGAACUGUUGUUCUGUAUUGUUCAGAAAUAACUUAGUUGUCUGAUUAUUCAGAAGUAAAAUUGAUACCACAUAGCAUCUAUAAAGGUAGGACACAAUUAAUAAACACAACAAUCCUCAGCAGAAGGGGUCGUUAGUGUUACACAAAUCACAAUAUGAAUUAGUGUUCAUUGAAAGCUGUUGGAUAAUAACUGGCAAGUCACCUUGUCCUCGUAUAGCUGUUUAUAUGAUAUACAUUUGACAUGAGUGACCUCGGUUUAGUGUGGGAAAAAACAAGGAUAGGAGAGUAUACACAUACCGGUCCCACUUUAAAGGAAGUACAACCUGUAAAGGCUUUAUAUAGCAUACAUAAAGG